AUGGUGAAUAGAAACCAAAAUGUCGAUAAUGUCAUACGGAAGAUUCAACAUGAUGAUAUGGCAACAUAUAAUAAUCUAGAAGCCAUGGUCAAAAGGAUUAUGGUUCGAAAUGGGGUAAACUUGGACCUUCGAAGGCCAAAUUAUACAUCACCUUUGUCGGAAUAUAUCCUACAGGCAGAAACACCCCCUAGAACAAAAAUCCCCAAAUUCACUAAGUUUUCUGGGGAUACUACUGAAUCCACUGUCGAAAAUGUGGCUAAAUAUUUAAUCGAGGCAGGAUACAUUUCGAACAACGAAAACUUUAGGAUAAAGUUUUUCCCAAGUUCUCUCACAAAGAAUGCCUUCACGUGGUUCACCACCUUACCACAAAGUUCGAUUCAUACUUGGAAUCAGUUAGAGAGAAUGUUCCAUGAGCAGUUUUACAUGGGACAAACUAAGAUAAGUCUGAAGGAAUUGACUAGUAUUAAACGAAAGUUUAUUGGGCCAAUUGAUGACUAUCUGAAUAGGCUUCGAUUACUCAAAGCCAGACGUUUUAUGCAAGUGCCAGAGUAUGAACUUGUCGAAAUGGUCACUGGGAGCCCUGACUAUUUUAUUAGGAAGAAGUUAGAUAUCCAGUAUUUGAGAGAUACGGCCCAACUGGUUGAUAAGGUUCGACAGUUAGAAUGCUUGAAGGAAGAAAAGGCUAGAGCAAAUAAGAAUAAAAGAGUAGCUUAUGUCGAUUUCAGCAAUGAUGGCGAAGGAUCCUAUAACGGGCCUUCACACUUCGACGAAAAUGAAAUCGACCUUGCUGAGUUAAAGCAAAGGCCAUCUUACGCGUGCAAGGUUUUGGCCCCGUCGAAUGGAAAAAACCCUAUUGAACCAGAAAAGAAUGAUAAACUUCCUAAGAAAACUUAUACUUUCGACGUUACAAAAUGUGACGAAAUCUUCAAUUUGGAUCUUGUGCAGAAUUCUAUCCAAGAAGGGAGACUCAAGUUUGGAGACAAAUCUCGGAGCCAGAUGAAGAUCGACUCUGAUCCUCUACAAGUGGCUGAUGCCCACUAUACGGAGCUAGAGGAAGUGAACCUGGUCGAAGUCACUAACGAUUUCGACAUGACCGAAGUCACUGAGGACUUCAUCAAUGAACCUAUCAUGGUUAGGAUUUCUGAACAUCUUGAUCAUGAAUUCUUUAAUGACUUCAUUCAGGAAGCUAUGGGAGAUUCCACCAACAAGAGCGCUAAUGUCUUCGACGCUGGAAUAACUGAAGAUUCCAACCUGAUGAUAGUCACCAAGGAAACCGCUGAUGGUUUCGUGCAGAUAGAUAAGGCCACUGAUGGCCUUCAAUUAUAA